CAAAACAGUGGUGAAAGAGUAGAAGAUUUUUGGGAUUCUGCAGCUCGAUCACCAUGAGACUGCUCUGGGGAGCCAGGGGCAGUGCUUGCUGAAGGAUGCGGUAGCCCAGUGGCCGGGGCUCACCGAGUGGAGACCGAUGGCUUGCAUGGAGCUUCUCUACCUGGCCGAAGAGAGCAGGCAGGGUGCCCUGGGCCCCGCUGCCGGCUGGACCCUGCCCACCCCUCACUAUGAGCAGCAGCAGCAACAGCAGCAGCAUGAGACCGGAGAGGUGGACUCCGGAGCGGCAGCAGCCGUGGCAGCCCUGCGCUGUGAACGGCACUGCAAGCCCUCACAGAGGGGCUCCAUGGCUGAGCCCACCCCAGCACCCCUGUCCUCCUGCUCGGGCAGCUCACCACAGGAGCACCCCAUACCCCCCAGCAACUCCCAGCCUUGCCACCUGCCUGAGCACUUUCCAGGGGAAGGGGAUGGAGGGAAGAAGAAACCCUGCUGUUGUAUCCAGGAACUCGAGACAUCCUUCUCCUGUGUGGAUGAAAAUGUAAACCUGGAGCAUACAAGAAGUCCCUCCAGUCCAACAGGCUACCAGGAUGCUGCUCAGCAGCUCUCCUGCCAUGAGUUGCCUCCCGAGUGGGUGCACGACUCUCCAUCCCUGGUCUCCGAGGAGGAUGAAACUGCCUCAGAGGCAACGGCUGGGAAAUCCUUGGACUAUGGAUUCAUCAGUGCCAUUUUGUUCUUAGUCAGUGGGAUUUUGCUGGUGAUCAUUUCCUACGUGGUACCCAGAGACGUGACUGUGGAUCCCAACACGGUGGCUGCCCGGGAGAUGGAGAGACUGGAGAAUGAGAGUGCCAGGAUUGGGGCUCACCUGGACCGCUGUGUUAUUGCCGGGCUGUGUCUCCUAACCCUGGGGGGAGUGGUGCUCUCCAGCCUGCUGAUGAUGUCCAUGUGGAAAGGGGAGCUGUAUCGGAGGAGCAGGUUUGCGUCCUCCAAGGAGUCUGCAAAGCUCUACGGGUCGUUCAAUUUCAGAAUGAAGUCUGGUGCAAACGAUAAUAUGCUCGAGCUGUCAUUAGUUGAGGAAGAUGUGCUUGCCAUAGAUAAUUAGCGUGGUCAUGAUUUUUAAAGCAGCGUUUCCACAAAAAAAAGUAUGUUUCAUUAAAGGAAAUAGAUGUGGCUAAAGAUAGCUGGUGAUGCAGUUUGUUUUUCUGACAAGAACGGUCUUUCUGUGAGCUCUCUAAUCAAAUGUUUGCAUUAUAUGAACACUUAUUGUAAAGGGAGAACAUGC